AUGCAUCCUGAGCGCCUGUCAAACGGCCCGAAGUCCCCAUCAUUUCAGCAUAAACCAAAGGCCGGAACAUAUGCCAUCAACGUAUUCAACACCACCAAAGACACUGUCACCGAUACUCUGGGUUCCCUUUUUGGCGGUGCUCGCGACGUAGCCGAGCAAACUUAUCAAGGCUGGGAGGCCACGAAAGAGGCAGUGGAACCGCCAGAAUGGCUGAAGAAGAUACUUCGGAUCCAUGAGGAUAUUGGCACUGGUGGCGACAACGGUGGUCCAAAUGGCGACAAGGAUCCAAAGCAGAGCAAAGUCGGUGCCGGUGUUGCAGCAGGCGCCACCGCAGCAGGCGCCACCGCAGCAGCCUAUGGAUACGAGAAGUCGGGCGAGAACGACCCACGAGAAGUACAAGAGGUGGCGCGCGAUGAUCAGAUGAUGGUUUUAACGAAGAAGAUGAUCGAAAUCCGGAGCAUUCUGCAACAGGUUGGGCAGUCAGAAUCGUUGACAUUGCCUGCCAUCGUUGUGAUAGGCUCUCAAUCCUCGGGAAAGAGUUCGGUGCUCGAGGCGAUUGUUGGACAUGAAUUCUUACCAAAGGGCUCGAACAUGGUCACGCGAAGACCCAUCGAACUGACGCUCGUCAAUACCCCAGAAUCGAAGGACGAAUACGGGGAAUUCCCCGACUUGGGACUCAGGCGAAUAACUGACUUCACAUCCAUACAAAGGACGCUCACCGAGCUCAACAUGGCUGUGCCAGACACUGAAGCCAUUUCGGACGACCCCAUCCACUUGACGGUAUACUCGCCAAAUGUACCGGAUCUCUCCUUGAUCGAUCUUCCUGGAUAUAUACAGGUUGUGGGCCACAAUCAGCCGUUGGAGCUAAAGCAGAAGAUCACCGACUUGUGUGAUAAGUACAUCCAGCCACCCAACGUCAUUCUGGCUAUCUCGGCUGCCGAUGUCGAUCUAGCGAACUCGACCGCGCUGCGUGCUUCGCGUCGGGUUGACCCAAGAGGCGAACGCACAAUUGGAGUCAUCACGAAAAUGGAUCUCGUCGAUCCACGCAGAGGAGCCUCGAUCCUGAACGAUAAGCAAUACCCAUUGAGGUUAGGAUAUGUGGGUGUCGUGUCAAAGGCGCCCCAGUCGCAAGGUCUCUUCAAAAUGGGCUCGAUGGACUUGCUGUCGACCAUUGUCAAGCAGGAAAAUGCUUUUUUUUCCUCCCACCCUUUCGAAUUCGGAGCAGAUGCUGGUGUUGACGUCGGCACUAUGACACUACGCAAAAAGCUCAUGCACACGUUGGAGCAAACAAUGUCUGCCAGUCUUGCAUCCACCAGCGACGCUAUUAAGCAAGAAUUAGAGGAGGCUACGUACGAGUUCAAGGUUCAGUACAACGACAGGCCGCUUUCUGCGGAAUCUUACCUGGCCGAAAGUUUAGACGCCUUCAAGCACAAUUUCAAGCAGUUUUCGGAAGCUUUUGGUCGUCCGCAAAUGCAAGAAUUGCUUAAGGAGGAACUGGACCAGAAAGUCGAAAAUUGCAUCAAGCCCUACAAAUUUGAUAUCGACAUGGACGACCGGGAGUGGGCCCAUGGCCGUGAGCAUGUCCAGACGGUGCUGAAAAAAGAGCUGAAGGACUGUGAAAGUGCUAUGAGUAACCUCGAAGCAUCCGCGGGUGGACGGAAGAAGCUCAAGGAGGUCAUGGCCUUUGUUGACAAGGCCCGCAAAGGGGACAUCGUUGUCGAAGGCGACGGUCGUAGCGGAGCUGGAGGUUUCAGUGCUGCGCUCCUCACAAGAGGACGUGAGGCAGUUUUCCACAGGGACAGAGCAGACAUCCUCAAGAUGCGACUCUUGGCUGUCAAAUCCAAGCAGUGUGCUAGCUUGAAAAACAAAUACUACUGCCCAGAAGUGUUUCUGGAUGCCGCGGCCUCCAAGCUCGCGGCGACAGCGGUUCUGUUCCUCAACGUCGAGCUUCUGUCCGAAUUCUACUACAACUUCCCUCGUGAGCUCGACUUGCGCCUGGGGCGACACCUAUCUGAUCAUGAGAUCGAGAGAUUCGCAAAGGAAGACCCCAAGAUCAGGCAGCACCUCGAUGUCAUCCGUCGAAAGGAGUUGCUUGAGCUUGUCCUGGACAAGAUGGAAAGCUUGAAGCAACUUGAAAGCAGGGAGCGGGAACGCAGAGGUUCGGUUUCCAAGACUAGAGGCCAAAAAGAAAGGGGACGCUGGGGCUUGUUUUGA